AUGGGAAGCAACCAAGCCGCUGUCUCUCUUUUAACCAACUUCGCACGCGCCGCUUUCGGUCUCGGUGCCGCCGCCAGUAUCCUCAACGCUUCCAUGUACACCGUUGACGGUGGUGAAAGAGCUGUUGGAAGGGAGGUCUUGAAGGCCGUGGUUGCACAGUUCAAUGCAGAUCAGCUGCUCACCGAGCGUCCCCAGGUGUCGGCCUUGGUUCGUAAUUCAUUAACUCAUCGUGCAAGGGACUUCAACUUUGAGCUAGCUGAUGUUGCUAUCACACAUUUGUCAUACGGUGCAGAAUUCUCAAGGGCUGUGGAGCAGAAGCAGGUGGAACAACAAGAGGCAGAGAGAUCAAGGUACAUCGUGGCUAAAGCUGACCAGGAGAGGAGGGCAGCCAUUAUCCGCGCAGAAGGUGAAAGUGAGGCUGCGAAGUGGAUUUCUGAAGAUGCCCUACUGCCGGUUCGAUUCUCCAACGACACUUCGAAAUUCGCUUACGAGAACAAGCAGGGACACCGGUUCGCGAUCAGGACCUCGCGGAUCAUGACGGAGACGUUGAGGAUGGAGAUGGAAAACCUUUGCGGUGGAAUGGUUUUUAACCACGACCAACCUGGAUGUGCUGAGUGCUCGGAUUGUGGAAGCCCAUCACGCUGUGGAAUGGAAUGUAGUGCUUUAGUGGCUAAAAGUACUGGAGUGCUAAACAAAGUAGCAAGGCACGCCAAAGCAAAUCAAUCCUGCUUCUCCCAUCAGGUGAACAGGUGA